AGCAUGUAAUUUGCGAAUACCUGAAGAGGGUAUGCACUGCUCCAUCACUUAGUGACCGUAAGAGCUCAAUUCGCGUAAAUCUUGAACGUCUGUCAGCCAAUUUUCUGAUCUCGUAGUGGCUGUUCAUAGUGCCGAACCGCUACUCAUUGAUAAGUGGGUCGAGGUUGAUCGUUUAAGCAUAUCCCAGGCCUUUAUUGGGGCCUAUACUCGUAGGACGAUGGCGGGCCGACUAGGCCUUGUUGGAUUCCGAGUUGGACAUUUGCGAUCCCCUGCACCCCUUGGCCCAGGGCUUGCCUCGUCGUGGUCAGCUUAUGGCCACCUCCUGAGACCCAACGAGACAAGUCGCAUCCCCAUUCGCUCCAACUACAAGCAAGUGAACCCAGGAGACCCAAGCAUGGCUUGGAAAGACAUGACAGAUCGUGGAGCUGAGCGCAUGUUCUUUGUUGAAAUUUGCAGAGGAUUGGGCUUGACAUUGGCACAUUUAUUCAAAGAGCCAGCAACAAUCAAUUACCCGUUUGAAAAGGGACCCCUUAGCCCCCGAUUUCGUGGGGAACAUGCACUAAGGAGGUACCCAUCAGGAGAGGAGAGGUGCAUUGCAUGCAAGCUGUGUGAAGCAAUAUGCCCUGCACAGGCCAUCACAAUUGAAGCAGAAGAACGAACGGAUGGGAGCAGACGUACCACUCGCUAUGACAUUGACAUGACAAAAUGCAUUUAUUGUGGCUUUUGUCAAGAAGCUUGCCCAGUGGAUGCAAUCGUUGAAGGCCCAAACUUUGAGUUUUCAACAGAGACACACGAAGAGCUCAUGUAUAACAAGGAGAAGCUUCUCAACAAUGGGGACAAAUGGGAAGCUGAAAUUGCUGCAAAUCUUCAAGCUGACUAUCUCUACAGAUGAGUCCCUUAAUAUUCGUGAUAAAAUGAACAUUUUAGUGAUGCAGAGUGUCCUCUACAAUUUAUGGUGUUAAAGGCAGACAUAGUCAAUGGACAUCAUGGUUGUAUUGUGUGAUGACUGAAAGAAAAAAGAUCUGUGCUUCCCAGAGUGAAGAUAUCUCUUGCAAUCGAUCACCAUCAGUUACAUUUCCUAUUUUCCCUGCCUGUCAGCCAAUGAAUGUUUUGAAGUAACCCAAUACUGUAUUAAAGAAAAUGUUGAGCCUGC